CGAGCGGGCCGUGCGCGGGCGGAAAAGAUGGCCGUGCUGUGAGGGGGCGGCGCCUGCGCCUGGCGACCCCGGGGCCGAGCGAGCGAGGAGCCGGGGGCCGCGGCCGCCCGCCCGGGCCUGCUUCCCGGCCCUGCUUCGCGGCCCGCGCACUUCCUCCGCGAUCGGCUGGCCCGGAGCGCGCAGCGCUGAGAUGGACACGGCGGCCGUGCCAGCCGCCCGCCGCCGCGGCUCCGAGGGCUCGGCGCAGUAGACCCGGAGCCGCCGCCCCGCGCCCCGCGCCCCGCGCCCCGGGCGCUGCGAUGGAGUAGGGCCGCCGCUCGCAGCCGCCGACCGGGCCGACCGGGCCUGCUCCCGCUCCCGCGCCCGCGCCCCCGGCCCCGCCGCGCACCAGCCCCGCCGCGUCGGACAUGCAGCUGGCGCCGAGCCCGCCCGCCGAGCCGCGGGGCUGAGACCGCACGCUCGCUCCCCUCCCUCGCCCCGUCGCCCCAUCCCGGUGGUGUGUGCUGUGCGUGCUGUUUUUUGUCUGCAAGUGUCAGGGACGGAGAGGGGCCCGCGCGCCCCCCGCAUGCGUGGGAGGAUCGCUUCGGCAACUCGCACGGGGCUCGGCGGCCGUGGCCCGCGCUCCUGCCCCGGUCGCCGCGCGAGCGCCGCACCUUCGCCAUUGUUCCCUGGGUGCUUACAAAGUUGGAUCCGGCAUUUCUUUUCCACCGGGAGCCACUGGUGUCGAGGCGUCUGCAAUGAACCCCGUGAAUGCUACUGCUCUCUACAUUUCCGCGAGCCGCCUAGUGCUCAACUACGACCCCGGAGACCCCAAGGCGUUCACCGAGAUCAACCGGCUCCUGCCCUACUUCCGACAGUCGCUCUCGUGCUGCGUGUGCGGACAUUUACUGCAAGAUCCUAUUGCGCCUACCAACUCCACCUGCCAACACUAUGUCUGCAAAACUUGCAAAGGCAAGAAGAUGAUGAUGAAGCCUUCCUGCAGCUGGUGCAAAGACUAUGAGCAGUUUGAGGAGAACAAGCAGUUAAGCAUCCUAGUGAACUGCUACAAAAAGCUCUGCGAAUAUAUAACACAGACCACACUGGCACGAGAUAUAAUAGAAGCGGUUGACUGUUCUUCUGACAUUCUGGCCUUGCUUAAUGAUGGAUCACUGUUUUGUGAGGAGACCGAAAAACCCUCAGAUUCAUCCUUCACUUUGUGUUUGACACAUUCCCCAUUACCUUCAACUUCAGAACCCACGGCUGACCCUCCAGCAAGUUUAUCUCCGAUGUCUGAAAGCACCCUCAGUAUUGCUAUUGGCAGUUCUGUUAUCAAUGGUUUGCCUGCUUACAAUGGGCUUUCAAUAGAUAGGUUUGGUAUAAAUAUUCCUUCACCUGAACAUUCAAAUACAACUGACGUGUGUAACACUGUUGAUAUCAAAACUGAGGAUCUCUCUGACAGCCUGCCGCCUGUCUGUGACGCAGUAGCCACUGACCUGUGCCCCGCAGGCAUUGAUAUCUGCAGUUUCAGCGAGGACAUCAAGCCUGGUGACUCUCUCCUACUGAGUGUUGAGGAAGUGCUACGCAGCUUAGAAACUGUUUCAAAUACAGAAGUUUGUUGCCCAAAUUUGCAGCCCAACUUGGAAGCCACUGUAUCCAAUGGACCUUUUUUGCAGCUUUCUUCCCAGUCGCUUAGCCAUAAUGUUUUUAUGUCCACCAGUCCUGCACUUCAUGGAUUAUCAUGUACAGCAGCAACUCCGAAGGUAGCAAAAUUGAAUAGGAAACGAUCCAGAUCCGAAAGCGACAGUGAGAAAGUUCAGCCACUUCCAAUUUCUACCAUUAUCCGCGGCCCAACAUUGGGAGCAUCUGCUCCUGUGACAGUGAAACGAGAGAGCAAAAUUUCUCUUCAACCAAUAGCAACUGUUCCCAAUGGAGGCACCACGCCUAAAAUCAGCAAAACUGUACUUUUAUCUGCUAAAAGCAUGAAAAAGAGUCAUGAACAUGGAUCCAAGAAAUCUCACUCUAAAACCAAGCCAGGUAUUCUUAAAAAAGACAAAGCAGUAAAGGAAAAAAUUCCCAGUCAUCAUUUUAUGCCAGGAAGUCCUACCAAGACUGUGUACAAAAAACCCCAGGAAAAGAAAGGUUGUAAAUGUGGGCGUGCUACUCAAAAUCCAAGUGUUCUUACAUGUCGAGGCCAACGCUGCCCUUGCUACUCUAACCGCAAAGCCUGCUUAGAUUGUAUAUGUCGUGGCUGCCAAAACUCCUAUAUGGCCAAUGGGGAGAAGAAGCUGGAGGCAUUUGCUGUGCCAGAAAAGGCUUUGGAGCAGACCAGGCUCACUUUGGGCAUCAAUGUGACUAGUAUUGCUGUGCGUAACGCUAGUACCAGCACCAGUGUAAUUAACGUCACAGGGUCCCCAGUAACGACAUUUUUAGCUGCCAGUACACAUGAUGAUAAAAGUUUGGAUGAAGCUAUAGACAUGAGAUUCGACUGUUAAAUCAGUGGGUCUUUAAACCUACCUCUGGUAGGCAAAUAGCUACAGUUUUACGGCAGCUAUGGUUCUGUUGGUGUAACUUGCCGGAGCUCCUGCAUAUAGAUCACUUGUAUCAAGUGUUUUCAUUGCUAAGUUAUAUGUGUUAGUGUCGGGGAAACCGUUUGCAGAUAAUGGAGGAGUAACCUUACAACUAUAUGUCCUUAGUUCUUACAGAACCUCAUAGUUUGAGAACAAAUGCUGAUGCAACUGAUUUAUACAAAAUGAACUUUGGCAAGGAAAAUAACAUUAACCUCAUUGUUUAUGGUCAUGCUUUGUGCAUAAUCAAAGUUUAUGAUUAAAUGUAAGGAAGUGGUAUCUAGUCAGUCCAUAAAGAUUGUGCUGUUUUUUCUCUUUUCUUCCUUCCUUUCUUUUGUUUUGAAGUAGCCAUUAGUUUGCUCAGGAGACUCAGUGCUGUCUUCAGAUGCCACAUCAGUGUAUCUCCUGCUGGAAAGCUGAUGUGUCCAGCUCAGCGUUUGUGGACAUAAUACCAUUUCUGAUCAUGAAAAUUGGCUACUUAUGUAUGUAGCAGUUCUGAAUCAGCAGUAUUAUGAAAGAAAAUUUGCCCCUCAUUAGAAUGCUUAAGAAAUCUUUUAAAACUGAAAUUCUGUCAGACUACAAAUGUUCAGCUUUCGAUGCUAUAAACUCUUGUGAGUUUAGCUUACUUUUUAGUUAUGUAUGACUCAUUUCUAGUGAAAAAAAUCUUAAAUCCUUCCUUCACUUUGAGCAUUGUUCUGAUUGGAUAAAUGAAGUAGAGUAGUUUUUAUUCUGAAAGUAUUUGAGUUUAUAUUAUAUGACAGAAUUUUUAAUUACAAAAGAUGUUAUUUAGAAAUUGGGAUUUAUUUAAAAUAAUUUUGGAAUAAUGCCCCCAAAUUGACCCAGAUUUGUAUAUUAUACUUAUUGCCAUUGGCCACUUUAUUGAUUUCCCCCUACCUGUAUUAGUUUAUUUGCCACAGACUUUUAUUCUGAAUAUGCUUUUUUUUGGGGGGGGGUGCUAUUCAUUAUGAAGGCUUCUUUACUGAGGCCUAAUAAAAAUGCCUUUUUAUGAAGCCUGUGCAUUUAGGUAGAUUUUAAACUAGGAGGUUUUCUUUAGAAUGCUCUUUUGCAUGUAAAGCACAAACUAUGUUUCAGUUUAAAUGCACUCCUUCGCCUUUCUCAUGGGAAGACAAGUGAGUCACAUUCUGUUGACGGCAAUCUAGUCAGUUGCUGGAAAGAGCACAGCCCAAGGAAAGCAAGAACUGGCUAGGUGAAAAAAAUAACCUUGAGAAUUUGUAAAAGGAAAGCUGCUUUGACAGUGCUUAUUUAAAGAAAGAAAAAUACUGCUGGAAAAGUUCCCAUUUCCACUAUGUUCCCCAUCUCUAGUGAGAUCUGACAUAUGUUGGAGUUCUGUUUGAUUUGGCACACAGCAUGUUCAAUGAUGGUUACUCGCCUAGUACAAGAAACCUUUGGACACAGAGCAGAUGACACCUCCUUCUGUUUUGUAGUGUACCCUGGUGUCAUUUUCUGUGAAUGUGGUCAGGUAGAGUUGUUUUUGUUGUUGUUGUUGGGCUUUUCUUUUUUCCCCUUGGUCUCUUGGUGGGGUGGGGGUGGGCUAAAGCCAUAGGAGGAAACAUGUGAUGUAUGUGUCUGGUAUGUACUAUUUUGUUUUUGUUUUGCAAGAAGAGUUGAACUAUUUUUGAUAACAAGAGUAAAUGGUGGAAAAUGCUUCUUAGUUGUCUUGUCUUUAUUUGCUUUCUAAGUUUUGGAAUUUUAUUUAAUUCCUUUUAAGUGUUAGCGGUGUCUUAUGAAAGAUGUAUUAUUACCUACAGUUUGUAACAAUUUUGUGUGGACAAGAUACCCUGCUAUAUAAGCUUGUAAAUCUGUUCUUUCUUCACUAAUGAUCACUGCAAAAAUAACUAGAAAUGAGAUUGUACACAUGGAUGAUUAGGGUAUAUUUUGCAAAUUUCUCAAACUUUCCUAAUAUUACAACCUUAAAAUUCAUAGAGUACUUUAUUGCUUCCCAAGUUUGAUAAUCUUAGUUUUGUGUUUUUUGAUGCAUGGGAGGUUGGCAAUAUAGACAAAGUGGAAAUCAUUAGUAUUUGAGGGCCUCGAUUGUUAUGUAAUAUUGCCAAUGAUGAAUUCAGGUUGUUUUUAGCACAAGUUUCUUUUUUAUGCUGGUAUUCUCACUGCCACAUUUUUGGAAACCUGUAUUACACUUUAAAUCUAUCAAUAAAUGAUAGUUUUCUAAUUCUAUGUUGUAGAAUACUGAGGAGUUCGGGAUAGCAUGCUGGGAAUGGUCUGUGUUAAUUUUGGGAAGAAUAAUUAAUGGUGCUUUGACUUUUACAUUGUCUGUCUUUAUAUCACAAGUUAUGUAGGAAUGGUGACUGAUAGGUAUUUUGGGGGUGACUGAAACUGGAGUGAUUGGAUUUACUUCUUCAGAGUAAGCAAUACCAAGACAAGAUAUGGCACUUCUUUAAUGUUAUUUUGAGUUGUUGCUAUUACUAUAAAUGCCCAGAUGGAUCUUUUAUAGCAGGUAAUUUUAGAUCUCAUGAUUUAUAUUUAGUCACCUUCAUUCAAUCUACCAUUUCCAUGUAAUUGUUGCAGUAUGUUCCUAACAGUUCUUUUUAUUUCACUAUGUUCUUAGGUUGCUUAAAACCAUUUAUGAUGAUUUUUCUUAAGAAAAGUAAAAUUUAUGACAUUUAGAAGGGAAAGUACCUGUCCUUUCCAUUUUGUAGAUAAAAAAUGUUUUAGUUUAAAAGUAUAAUGUCUAAAUCUAAUACAUGGAUGGUAUUUUAUACUUUGCUCCUUCUUAAAUUCUAAGCCCUUAACUAUUCAUUAAUUUAAAGGAAUUAUGCUACUGAACCCCCUCUGACCCUGUGCGUCCCUUUUUCCCAAAUCCUGAUCCCCUUCCCCAGAAGAAAUAAAUCACUUUUGCUUUGA